AUGGCCCACAAACCCCAGCAAGUUGCCGCUCUCAUAGAGCAAACCCCUAACCCUAGGUCCCAAAACCCCAACUCUUUACCCUGGGACCCCAGCAACGACAUCUUCCCACGACGCCACGAGCUGCCCACGUCGAUUCCUCAUCAUGUCGGGGCCCCCAAAGAUGCAGCUUGGGUGUGGGGUGAGAAUGAUUAUAAAGGACGAAUAAAUCUGCUCACCGCGCAGCGCGUAGCAAACGCAGCAAAGAGUGAGAUCAGAACUGGGCAGACGGUUCGAUUGGACCUCCCCUUACAAAUCCCAUCAUCGCCGGCAUUUGGCCGGAAAUCGGCAACUCAUCGAGUUGUUGAUUUAGGGGGGAUUGCUUAUGAUGAUAUCAUUGACAAUAUGAACCCGCAAAGUGGGAGUCAGUGGGAUGGAUUUCGACAUACAAAAACAUCCGACAUCGUCGCCCCAGACGCCCCAGAUUCCAAAUGUAGCAUUCACCACUGGUCCUCCAGCUCGUCUACCGUCAGCCAUGACCACACAACAACAACAACAGGAGGAAUAUCCGGCCGCGCCAUUUUGCUCGACUACUGGAGUUAUGCGGAGUCCACGCCGGGAAAGUUAUAUGACCCAUAUACCGGCCACGCCAUUCCAUUCAGCGACCUGCAAGCCUGCGCUGCUGCGCAAGGAAUCAACCUCCUACCGGCCCGCGACGGGGGCGAUGUCCAAGUUGGCGACAUCCUCCUCAUCAGAUCCGGAUGGGUAUCGCGAUACCAUUCACUGACGGACGAGCAGCGACACAAAGCCGCUUCUAGACAUGUGCAUGUAUUUGCUUCCCAGGUGACGGGGAAAGAGGAAGUCCAAGAAUGGGCCGGGAUCAAACAAGAACAAGCGACCCUCGACUGGCUACAUGACUGCUACUUCUCUGCUGUGGCCGGUGACGCGCCCAGUUUUGAGCGCUGGCCAAGCCAGGUGGACUGGUUGUUUCAUGAGUAUGUGCUUGCGUUGUGGGGGAUGCCGCUGGGCGAAAUGUGGGAUUUGGAGGAGUUGGCGGCGCUGUGUAGGAGGGAGAAAAGAUGGACUUUCUUUUUGUCGAGUGCGCCGGAUGUGGUUUAUGGAGGUGUAGGCUCGCAUCCGAAUGCGACGGCGAUUUUCUAA